AUGACGAUUAUGUAUGAAAUGAAAGCAAUAAUAAAUCAUAACACAGUAAUUGAACGAGCGUUAUGCAUGUACGAGAUGAAAAAUAUUCAUGACGAUGGCGACUCAUCGAAACAUAAGUGCACAAUUGUCUCUGAGGUUACUGAUGAAUUUGUUAACAUUACAAAGGUUCCGUUGGCUGAAGUAAAAGCAUUGGAAGUGAGACAGGAAAAUAUUCUAGCUCAAUUAGCUGAACUUAAAGAGCAAGUUUUAAAUUUGUGCAAUGUUCUUAAAAAUAAUACUGACACUAAAGCACAGCAAACCAAAAGAACUAAUAGGACACCGGUUACAGGAAAUUUGGUGAUAAAUGUUAAUCCAAAAAAACCUUGUUAUUCUUUGAUAGCUGUCAAAAAGCUCUGGGAUGACGUUGACCUGCGGAUAUCACCUCAUCAUCAUUGUAGUAUAUUUUCUGAAACUCCGGCAGGGUUUGAAAAGAGUAAGCCAAGCGAAAAAGACAGCGUGAUAGAUGUAUCAGUGAUAUGGAGAGACGUGCAAGACACCCAAUUGAUUGUCUCUGGGUUCAAUAGCCAGAUUGUGUUGGGAGAAACAAAUAUCCUGCGUUACUUAGUGCGACUAAUUGACAAUGAGAGUUACGAGAAGACUCAAUCUGUCGCUGAAACGCUUAAAAUUGACAAGAUACUCGACUUAGCCUAUGAAUUGACGCACCAAAACUCGCCAAAAGACAAACAAACUACUUUAAACAUUCUGGACAAAUUACUGGGAGCCCAUCAGUGGUUUUCAAGUAAAAGUUUAUUUAAUAUUGCUGACAUCGCUGUUUGGUCUGCUGUCAAACAAUCUUCUCUUCAAAAAUUACCUUCCAAUCUCACUAGUUGGUACAAAAAAUGUGAGGGUACAUUUUUAUAA